CUUCCCCCAUCCUUCAUCUCGCUCGCCUCGCUGCUUUCCCCACUGCCUCGCAGCCAAGCUUCCUGCCAUGUCUGCUAUUCGUGGCAACUUCCAGAACCAGCUUCCGGAGCGCCUCACCCUCGGCGAGAGCCUCCAGGGCUUCGUCACCCCGUUCAUGGGCGCCGAGUUCGACGCUCCCGCGCCUCUCGCUGUCGAAAUUGUCGGCUUUGCCCGGAUCAGCUGGGUGGCCAAGCUGGAGGAUCCGGAUCUAACUCCCGGCGAAAGAGACCAUAUCCUCUCCGGUCGCAGCCUAAGCAUCAACGAAGAAAACGAGUUCUGGGUCCUCCGCCAGGAGCUGGCCCCCAAAAAGGUCUGGUCCAAAGGAGCCCACGCCUACUCGGUCGAAAUCUCAACGGUCCCCGACACCCUGCCGCCCACCACCAACUUCACCGACCCCUUCACCCGCGAGCAGCUCUCGAUCCGAUACGUCCUCCGCACCUGGUUUGGCGAGGGUGCGGCUUUCGAGCGCUGGGAGCGGCCUUUGGAGGUCGUUCCUGCCGUCCUCACUCCGCCGCACCUCCAGCCCCUGCAUCUUGUGCAGGGCAUCCCCGAGCUCGGGCUCUCGAUCAGCCUCAAGACCUCUGGAAAUCGAUGGCGAUCCGGCGAGGACCACAUCAUCUUGUUCGAGGGGCAAAACGACAGCGCCAACGUCACCCAAGUCCUCAUUCAGCUCCACCAGAACAUUACUCUCCUCGCUGGGCAUGGCACCAAGCUCAGGAGCCUAGAGAGAAUGAUCUCAACAACCGAGCUGCCGGGCAUUCGGGCUGCUGACAAGCUCAGCGCCAAGGUCAAGCUGACCCUGCCUCCGCUGCCGCCCUCCGUCAGCGUGCGCGGAAUCGAGAUCCGCUACAUCGUCGAGGCGAUCUGCAUCUUCAAGCCCCUGGACGGCGGCCAGCCUCCGUCGCUUUCCCUUGUGUCCGAGAUUUCCAUCCUCGAUGCGCAUCAUCUAGUCAACCUUCCCCCGAACUUUGACGACCAGAUCGAUGUCAUGACCGACAUCCCGUUGUCGCUGCCGCCCCUGCUUGCCGCCAGCGCACAGAAUGCGCCCCAGCCCAUGCCACCAGGCUAUCCUCCACCGUCCAGCUGCCUGCAGCUCAGCUUCCACAGUAGCUUCAAGGAUAAUCUGUUCCAAGAACCCAAGCUUUACUACUACGAUGUGGAGCCCACAAAGCCCAGCGACAAGAAUGCCGCCUUCGGAGGAAAGGCCGCCGUGGACACAAUCGUUGUGCACAGCAAUGCCGAGGUAUUGCUCCGGAUCUCCCGAGACGCCAUUUCGACCUUUUGGCAAGCCGAUAUCAACGAAGAGAGCAGCUCGCAGCUCGCCAACGGCACCAUUGAGACCACGGCUCGUCUGUCGUAUGGCCCGGGACGCUACUUUAUCGUUGUCUUUCCGGCCUACAACCCGGGGCCCGGCUCGAACCCGGUCAGCAUCCACAUCCAGCUCCGCAAGACCUUUGCUAUCGGCGAGCUCACGGAGGCCGACUUUGACGAGUUCUGGGUCGACUCGUCCCCGGGCAAGCUACCUGCGGACGCGUGGGUGGCCGGCACCGAUCUGGAUGGCAAGCCAGUCCACUGUGGCAGAGCCACCGGUGCAGAUAGAUCGCUGUGUCCGGGUUCGAUCAACAAACACUCACAGUUUCUGCAAGUCGUCGAUGGGCACGGAAUCCACGAUGCCACCGGCCAGUUCCAGGUGAUGAGAAGAAUCCCCGGCACAACAUGGCAGCUGCAGGUUCGGCCCGGUAUCCCACCCAACGGCGUCCCGGUCGGCCACCACGCCGACGGACAGCUCCUGUAUCUUGCCCGAAGUAGAAUUUCGGGCCGAUUUGUGGAGGAGAAUCGGUUUGCCGACGUUGUGGGCAAGGCUGGCUUCCAUACCGGCGGCUUCUCCGCGGCGUUCUAUGACGAUCAGCUCCACGGAAUCGUCCCCUACGAGGUCUUGGUCUGGGACCCAGUUGAGGCCGAGGCCGAGAAGAAGGCCAUGGCCCAGUAAACGUCGAGCCCACAUCGAAUCCGAACGGCGGCAACUGACGACGCCGGACUUUCUCGGCGACGGCUGCUUGGCAUCAGGAUACUUUGAAUCGGUUCCCUGCAUCGCAGAUCACAUCUGCGUCUUGUUUGCAACGUUCCCGAAACGAAAUGGGACAUCCUGUUUGAGUCGGGACUGAUGUUGCUUGCUGGGAACCGAAUACACACCUACCAACUGAUCCCAUGG